AUGGCCCAGGAAGAUCCGGUCCUGCAGAAGUAUCCGAUGAGAACAUAUCUGGUUGCCGGCACUGUCUACAACCGCUCCCGGAAAAGUCCAAUUACUGUGAAUCGAGGCCAGUCGGCCAUUAACAUUAGAACACGGCCAAUGCAGGGCCCCGUCGACAUUAGCGACUCCAUGUACGAAGAGUUGCGUGAGGAGUUUCGCAAGAUGCCAGUGGGCGGCUACGACUUUCAACGUAUCUUUUCAUCCAAACGUCGAGUCGGAGAUACCGCACGAAAGUCGCGCCGAGAAAUAGGAUUCUUAUGCACACAGUUCAAGGAUGCGACUCUGGAAAGGAACUAUCUGCAUCAGCCAGACUAUACUUUCAAGGGCUCCGUACUGCUGGCCUGGGUAACUGGUGUUUGCUUGAUCUACAUUGAGAUCAUGACCAAUGUGUGCUGGGACUGCAUUGCGAUCAAUAUGGUAACCUUCAUCGUGCUGACUUCCCUCCUGUUUAUCGCGUGGUACAAGAAAUUAUGCUGGUGGAAAAAUGGAAAUCGCACGGGCUUGGAAUACAAUAGAAUUAGUUGUUUUAUAUUCAAAGUCUACGAGAGGAUACAGCGCAGUUUGUUCUUAAGGAUUUUCUGCUACUUGGUCACCAUAGCGUGCUACCACUCCGUGAUCCUGUUGAUAGUGUCGAACUGCGAUCGGUCAAGGUUUGAGUUGGAGUACAUUGAGAGCAAGCUCUUCCACUAUGAAGUUAAUCUUGACACCUGCUUUCACACGUGGUCCUUUACGAACAUGACGGCGCUCAUCCUGGGAAUGAGCUACACUUUUUCCAGGAUUCCGUUCGCUGUCAAGACCUGUGUCAGCUGUAUCGAGGCCAUCAUCUACCUGUUGAUUCUGUUUUUCGAAUAUCAGUUUGUGUUCCAGCACAGCAACACCACGGCACCCUUUUUGCCACCGGAAGUAGCGCACUGUGCCCGCAUUAUGUUCAUGUUAAUUACUCUGUACGUGAAAGAGCGUCAGGUUGAGUUCAAUGCAAAAACAAACUACAGGCUGAACGUGAGUUUGAAGAACAAACAAAAUAUGGCCAACGCAACAAACCAAUCGAUCUUAAUUCUCCUUAAUAACAUUCUCCCAUCUCAUGUUGUAACCCACUAUCUUGAUUCACUGGCCAAACACGAGCUCUACUAUGAGAACUACAAAAUGGUUUCCGUAAUGUUUGCCAAGCUAAUGAACUUUAGGAUGGAUUUGCCCACUUUACGUGUGCUAAACUGCAUCAUCUCGGAGUUUGACGCUCUGCUGAUUCACUACAAGAAGGUUUACAUGGUUGAGAAGAUCAAGGUCGUUGGCUGCACUUAUAUGGCAGCAUGUGGCUUGGAUUUCUCUCUGGCAUCAAUGGUUAGAAAAGGCAGCUCUGUGAGAAUUUCGCGCUUCAUGGAAAGGGCCCGAAAUAGUCGGUUCCUUACGGAGGAAGAUGAGGAUGACAGCCAGGACACUGUGGUGUUCUUGAUGACAACCUUUGCCUUGGACCUGAUGCGAACCCUGGCCUCGUGCAACAAGGCUUACGCGGAAGCGCCCUUCGAUCGGUAUUUGUCAAGCACCCAGAUUGGCAUCGGGAUCUCCAGCGGCGAGGUCAUGGCCGGGGUGGUGGGCGCCUCCCAGCCACACUACGACAUCUGGGGCAAUCCGGUGAACAUGGCGUCGCGGAUGCAGUCGACGGGUCUGCCGGGUCACAUCCAAGUGACAGAGGAGUCCGCCAAGAUACUGAUGAACUUUGGUAUUAAGUGCAAUUUGCGUGGUCUCACUUUUGUGAAAGGACGCGGCGAAAUUCCCACAUACUUUGUAGCAUUUGAUGAAAAACUACACUUUAUUUCUAACGAAACGGAAGGAACAUCACCUGUGACGCGUUUCUCUAACUUGGAUUCAUUGGAUGAAGAUGUCGAAUCGUCCAGUAGUUUUAUUGAAAUAAUUCUAUAA